CUCCCUUUCUCUCUCUCUCUCUCUCUCUCUCUCUCUCUCUCUCUCUCUCUCUCUCUCUCUCUCUCUCCCCCGCUUGCUCGCUCGCUCGCUCGCCUGUCUUCAUGUCGUGGAUUGAUGAACGCGAAUCGCGUGUAAGCGCCGCCACCGCCGGGAGUCUGAGGAAUUCGCCUGGGCUGUUAGAGGAAAGAGCUAAGUGAGCGCGCGCGCUCUACCUACCGACAGUGAACAGAGCCGCUGCCGCCCGAGCCCUCAGCCGGCACCGCGCCCCCACCUGCCCAGCCCCCAGCCCAGCAGUCCAGCCCGGGGGAGCCGGCCAGCUUGGGGGUUCGGUCCCGGGGGGAGGGGAGUUUCGGGGAUACCGGGCGGGGGAGCGUGAGCCAAGGGGAGGGGGCCGCAGGUUUUCAUGUGCCCAGCAUGAGUUCCUACUUCGUCAACCCCCUGUUCUCCAAAUACAAAGGCGGCGAGUCCUUGGAACCGGCCUAUUACGACUGCCGGUUCCCUCAGAGCGUGGGCAGGAGCCAUGCGCUGGUGUACGGGCCCGGAGGCUCGGCGCCCGGCUUCCAGCAUGCCUCGCACCAUGUCCAAGACUUCUUCCACCACGGCACCUCCGGCAUUUCCAACUCAGGCUACCAGCAGAACCCGUGCUCGUUGAGCUGCCACGGAGACGCCUCCAAAUUCUAUGGCUACGAGGCGCUCCCCAGACAGUCCCUUUAUGGGGCUCAGCAAGAGGCGAGCGUGGUGCAAUAUCCCGACUGUAAAUCCUCCGCCAACACUAACAGUAGCGAAGGACAAGGCCACUUAAAUCAGAACUCGUCUCCCAGCCUCAUGUUUCCAUGGAUGAGACCCCACGCUCCUGGGCGGCGCAGUGGACGACAAACUUACAGCCGGUACCAGACCUUGGAACUAGAGAAGGAGUUUCUCUUUAAUCCUUACUUGACACGAAAGCGCCGGAUUGAAGUCUCUCACGCCCUGGGACUGACCGAAAGACAAGUGAAGAUAUGGUUCCAGAAUCGAAGGAUGAAGUGGAAAAAGGAGAACAACAAGGACAAGCUGCCUGGGGCCCGAGAUGAGGAGAAGGUGGAGGAAGAAGGGAAUGAGGAAGAGGAAAAAGAAGAAGAGGAAAAAGAAGAAAAUAAGGACUAGGAAAAAAGAGAGAGAAAAUCCCCCCCCACUCCCUUGAAGUUUCGUUUUAUGGUAGCAGAUAAAUUGAGAAGUUUACGACUGUCAUUUGCUUUUAUAGAGAAUAGAAUGGCACUCACUGCUCUAACUACCUGUCAGAUACGUGCAGUUCUGCUUUUAUUACCUUUGGACUUCCCCUGCUCCUUAUCUGUUUGGGGGGGGGGGGAGACCUAGACACAAGGAAAAGUUCUGCUCCACUUCAUGCUCAGCUCACACUCACUUGUCCUGGCUUCCAGCUUCUGAGCCCUUCCUGAACUUUAAGGUCUAAGCCUUCUCACACACCCACUUCUCCCCACCCUUCCACUCAGUGCUUCUCUGGUAUUUAUUUUAAAGGGAAUCCGCCUGAAGAUGUGGAAAAUGGUUCUUGCUUGGCUUGUAUGCUAGGAAUCAGAGUACUGAAUUAACUUCUUUUUUGAAAGAAAAGGAAAGAAGAAAAAAAGCAGAAGAAGGGAAUGAAAGGGAAAAACUGUUAAAAGAAAUAAAAGAUAGCAAAGAAGAGUCCCUCCCUCUCUGAGGCUCCUUCCUUAGAAAACUCCCUUGACUUUCUCCAGGAACCUAAGAAUCUCUCCACCCCCUUACUGAGGGGUAAAGAGGGGCCUGCAGUGGUCUCUAAAAUCCUACCUAUCCAUGCCAUAGUCACUUGGGCCCAAGCCUUCCUUGCCUGUCCUUGCUGAUUGAUUUCUGUUCUUUGGGCCCAGCUUCCUCUGAGCUGUCUUAGUGUUUGUGCUCAGAAAUCACCAUAAUCAUGAAGACAAUAUGCUGAUAAAAAACUUUAAUAUACUACCUAAAGGGAACCUGCAAUAAUCUUGGGGGAGGGGAGAGAAAGAGAAAAAAAAUCCUACUAAAGGAGGUAAAAACAGAAAAAAAAAAGAAAAAAGAAAAAAAAAACAAACCUUCAAUGUAUUUUAUCCCCACCUGUAGGAAGCAACCCUGCUCUGAGGGCAUCUGUAAUGCGGUUUUGUUGCCGUCUGUUGCUGCUGAUUUCACUAAGAAAAACCCCAACAACUGAGACUGCCUAGCCCGCUGGUCUUGUGGCUUUCAUUGUGCUUCUGACCCCAGUAGAGUAGAACUAAACCGCACUGAAUGCAUAGUUACUGUCUUGAAUUCUCUGUUUAUGCAACGUGCUCGAAAGGAAAAAAAUGUUAAAAUAUAUCUAUAAUAAUAAUUUUUGGUCAUUUGUCUUUAUGUCCAGCUAUGAAUGUAGAUUUUGUGUCCUGAAAGCCCUGUUCCUGGUCCAAGUACUUUGUAUUGUAUAAGUGAGUCAUAAUAAAAAAAUGAAAGAAGAAAUUGAA